GGCGGGACCGGAAGUGGUGUCAGCCCGGGGACUCCAGGGCUCUGGGGCUCGGCGUCGGUCUCCGGGGGAUGUGGAGAGCUGGCAGCAUGUCUGCGGAGUUCGGAGUCGGGGUCGCGCUGCGGGCAGUGAACGAGCGUGUGCAGCAAGCGGUAGCGCGGCGGCCGCGGGAUCUCCCAGCCAUCCAGCCCCGGCUGGUAGCAGUCAGCAAAACCAAGCCUGCAGACAUGGUGAUCGAGGCCUACAACCAUGGCCAGCGCACUUUUGGGGAGAACUAUGUUCAGGAACUGCUAGAGAAAGCAUCAAAUCCUAAAAUUCUGUCUUCAUGUCCUGAGAUCAAAUGGCAUUUCAUUGGCCACCUACAGAAACAAAAUGUCAAUAAAUUGAUGGCUGUCCCCAAUCUCUUCAUGCUGGAAACAGUGGAUUCUGUGAAGUUGGCAGACAAAGUGAACAGUUCCUGGCAGAAAAAAGGCUCCCCGGAAAGGUUAAAGGUUAUGGUCCAGAUUAACACCAGUGGAGAGGAGAGUAAACACGGCCUCCCCCCUUCCGAGACGACAGCCGUGGUGGAGCACAUAAAUGCCAAGUGUCCCAGCCUGGAGUUCGUGGGGCUGAUGACCAUAGGAAGCUUUGGGCAUGAUCUUAGUCAAGGCCCAAAUCCAGACUUCCAGGUGUUGCUGUCCCUGCGGGAGGAGCUGUGUGCGAAGCUGCACGUCCCCCCCGACCGGGUGGAGCUGAGCAUGGGCAUGUCCGUGGACUUCCAGCACGCGAUUGAAGUAGGAUCUACAAAUGUCCGAGUAGGAAGCACCAUUUUUGGAGAGCGGGAUUACUCAAAGAAACCUACCCUGGACAAGUCUGCAGCAGAUCUGAAGGCUCUGGAGGUGACACAGGAGCACUGAGCCAGGGAACAGCCAAGAAGACUAACUAUGCACUAAGCUAGAUUUUCAUUUUGGUAUUCCCUGUGUCGCAGCACAGUCACGCGCUCCCGUGACCUGGAGAGAGAGCGCUGACGAUUACGUGUGUUGAUGGAAACCAUCUGUACUUAGUCUCUGACAUAGGAAGUUCACUUCAAGCAGUGGCUUUGGAUUGGAUUUAAGAAAUUCACACGUAUCUGCAGAGCAGAUGCCAAGUCAGGGAAUAGAGUUCCAUGUUGACUUCUGCCUGGGAGCACAAAUCGAUCCAUGAAUGCCUUUUCCAGGUUAAAAUUUGCUCAUGUACCUAUCAUCAUGGAAGUCAGAGGGAUUCCUAUUUUUCACCCCACUUUAACAGGAAGUUCCCUGGCCGGGCGCUGUGGCUCACACCUGUAAUCCCAGCACUUUGGGAAGCCAAGGCGGGAGGAUCACUGGAAUCUAGGAGUUUGAGACCAGCCUGGGAAACAUAGCAAGAAUUCAUUUCUACAAAAAAAAAAGGAAGUUCCCUAUGGUUAGUAAUUCUCUACAAACUCCUGCUAAAUCGUUUAAAUUGCUGCUCUGGAACAAGGUGAUUUCUGCCCCCACUUUCUCCCCUAGCCAGUAGAUAUGUGAAGAUAUUCUCUACUUUGGAAUGGCAGUACAGGUAACUUCAGGAAAUGUCUCAAGUUAAUCCUCCAAACACAAAUUGUUGCUAACGUGAGUUUAUGUCGUCAGCCACCCUAUGGUAUUGACGCUGAAAUUACAAGGGUGACAUAAAUAGGACUGGGCCUGUCUGACAUCCUCCUGAAGAGACAGGGCUGGGAGUUUUUCCUCUGGGACCUACAGUGAUGAGAAUUCAAUGAUCUCUCUCCCACCAUAAUCCUUUUUAUGAUGACUUUUUAAGUCCAAGACCAGUGAAUUUCAUUACUCCUGAGAAAUGACAGAUUUAUUCAAAGCCAGUUGAGGCAUUUGGUUUCCACAAGGCCUGGCUUUGACAUUCCUUUUCCUGAGAAGCACUUUCCAAGCACAUUCAUAGCUUCCCCACUGCAUUUCUAAGCCAGAAUUGUGCAACCUUCUUGAUAGUUAACAAGGUAGCAAGAUCGUCAAAAACCAGAGAACAUAGUUCUCCAGUAGUCGUGACAGAUAGCUUCAGUGGGUUGUUGUUUAUUUUCUAGAUGGUUUUUUUUCUCUUAUUUAUUCAAGCCCAGUCUUUUAAUUUUAUGAAAUCACUUUCAGAUCAUGAUGCUGCUGCUGAAUGUACUUUUGUACAACUUAAACCAUUAUCACUCCUGUACUGUUUUGCUCAAAGCUAUGGUGUGAUAUGCCAGAGUCUAUUAAAUAAAAAUGUGAGUUUGAAUUACACCAUCUGUGCCAAUUACAAAGUAAUUAAAAGAUUUAUUUUUUAUGA